UCGUAUCAGACAAUGAGCUGAAUGGUGGCAGCCCUGGACUAAGACUUCCUGUAAGAGAUGGAAGACUGAUAUUCUUCCUUUAUUAUGGCCCAGGCCUGCAGCCCUCUGAGAGUUUUUCUACUCAGUCCCCAAUAUACAUCACUUUCAUCGCGUAUACGAGCGAGAUCAUCUUUGGCCAAGUUUGCCGUUUAAUUUGCCGACGUUGUUUCCCAUCUCUUGUCAUAUACAACUUGCACCCCAAUUCCUGGCCAGUCGUACACUGCAGGGUCGACCGUCAGCAGCUGCGGCGUAACGCGGACGACAGCCUUCAAGCUUCAAAAUCCACACCACGAUGACGAAUUUGCCAACUAUUCUGGAACAAGGUCUGACCACGUUGCAAACCUCGUGGAUUCCAAUCAUCCUUGUGCCCUUUGCCUAUCUGGUUCUAUCGCAGAUAUCAAAAUCAGUAGGAUUAGGUGGUCGAUUAAACAAGGGAAAAGCCACCGGAUCCCAUGCCUCAGAUCACUCCAAGUUUGAUAUGUCAAAUAUACGUGUAACUAAGAUCCUCAUCCACCCCAUCAAGAGCUGUAAGGGCACUUCUGUUUCAGAGGCAACAUACACUCUUGAAGGAUUGGAUAAUGACCGGAGAUGGUGCGUAAUAAGGGCAGAUGAUAAUGCAGUCGUGACUGCCCGAGAUGUCCCCAAGAUGAUUCUUAUAAAUCCUCGUAUCAUCCCGGACACCUCAUGUCCAGAGGGUGGCCGGCUCGAGGUAUCUUUCCCAACGGAGUCUGGAUGUGAGGCUUUCUCCGUACCAUUAAAUCCCAGCGAGGAAGUACUUCAGGAUUGGCAGAACCUCGAUAUAUCAUUGUGGGGUAAGGAUGACAUCGAAGGAUACGUAUGCCAGACCAACAUAGGAAGGUCGCCCUCGGAGAUACUUUCGGAAUAUAUGGGGUUGCGAGUACACUUGGCUAUGAAGGGCUCGCGUCCGCGGAUCUGUCCGCCUACAUUACGGUUUCCCGACCUAGAUGCACCCUCGUAUUUUCAGGACGGGUUUCCUUUGAUGGUGAUGUCCGAGGAAAGUGUCGCGGCCGUGCAGGAGCGGAUCAGGGGAAUGGUGGGCAUGCAAGGCAUAGAGGAAAAGUGGUCUAGCGACACACUACAGCUAGAAAGGUUCCGCCCCAACAUAGUGAUUAAAGGAGCCGGCGCACCUUUCUUCGAGGAUAUACUCACUGAAUUCACUGUGGAUUCUCAUCGCAAGAGUGUAGACAAGGCGUCACCAGUCAUUCGGCUUGUGUCUAAGUGUACUCGUUGCAUGCUGCCAAAUGUACAUCCCGAGACUGGUGUGCGUGACAAGGCGGUACCAUUGAAGGUUUUAAUGAAGCAUAGAAGAGGCCUAGAUCCCGCGCGGCCCAGCCUAUCGUGUAUGGGAUGCAACGGGAUUCUCACGGCGAAUGGGGUGGUGAAGGUCGGCGAUUGGAUCCACGUGCGUAAGACGGGAUUCGUAUGACUUCAGUCAUCUUUGAAAGUGUUGUCUUUUAUUUUUGUGUAUUUAUUGCGUAUCCCAUAGUCUUAUCGGCUUCAACGCCAAGUAGAGAUUUUGAUUUGAUUUAUGAGCUAGGCGUUAUGAAAUGACUGCGUG